GGGAUUUUGAUAAUCAGGGAAUGAGUUAGGGUAUGGGAGUGAACCUGGAUAUUGGGUAUGACGAAGGGGACGAUUCACCGCUGUUGUUUUGGUUCGAGAAAUUUGGAGAAUAAGCAAAGGCUCAUCACUCUAUGUGGAGAAACCAAGCCACGUUUUAAUUUCAGCGAACGGCAUGUUCUCCUCUGGAUUUUAUCCAGUGGGCAAUAACACAUGUUGCUUCGCAAUAUGGUUUAGUCAAUCGUUGGAUGAUGGGAGUCACACAGUGGUUUGGAUGGCCAACCGAGACCGACCACUUAACGGAAAAAGGUCAAAGCUCUCCUUGCUAAAAACCGGUAAUAUUAUCUUGACAGAUGCUGAUCGUCUCACUGUUUGGACCACCGACACUAUGUCAGCUUCUUCGGUGCAAUUAGAACUUUAUGACACCGGUAAUCUUGUUCUCCAUACUUUGGAGGGUAAAAUUCUUUGGGAAAGCUUUGAUUCACCAACAGAUACUCUUCUUCCUCAACAAAUAUUCACCAGAAACACAAUACUUGUUUCAUCAAGAAGCCAAAGCAAUUAUUCUUCUGGUUUCUACAAGCUCUAUUUUGAUGAUGAUAACGUUCUUCGUCUUCGCUUUGAUGGUCAUGAAACAUCCAGCAUUUAUUGGCCUGUCUCGUGGCUGCGACCAUGGGAAUCUGGAAGGUCCACCUACAAUAAUAGUAGAACUGCAGUAUUCGAUUUGUCUGGCCAUUUCAACUCAACUGAUGAUUUGUUCUUCUUGGCCGCAGAUUUGGGCUCAGGGCCUCAAAGAAGAUUGACGGUUGAUACUGAUGGCAAUAUUAGAUUGUACAGUCUAGAUGAAAAGUUGAGAGCUUGGGCUGUUUCAUGGCAAGCCAUAUCCAACCCAUGCAGCAUUCAUGGCAUUUGUGGACCCUACAGUCUUUGCACUUACGCUGCUGAAAGUGGUAGGAGAUGCAAUUGCUUAGUAGGAUACAAGAUGAAAGAUCACACAGAUUGGUCUUAUGGUUGUGAACAAGAUUUCAAUCUCUGCAACAAUGAUGCGGCUGUUUUCAUUGAACUUCCUAAUGCUGCUUUCUAUGGCUAUGAUAUUGGGUACUUCCCAAAUCAAACCUUACAGUGGUGUGAAGAGAAGUGUUUGCAGGAUUGCAAUUGCAAAGGUUAUCAAUACUCAUUUUACAAGUCAAAUGGUUAUGGUUACUAUUGUUGUUACCCCAAGACUAUGUUGCUCAAUGGGUAUCGCUCGAAGCAACUUGGAGAAUCCAUGUACAUAAAAUUGCCAAAAUCUAAUAUCUCCUCCUAUGAUAAGCCCAUUCAAGAAUUCUGGUUAGAUUGCUCGCACCAAGUUACAGCACCCCUCGACAGAACUUACAAGAAUAAGCAAGAAAAUGGCACGGUGAAGUUCAUGCUUUGGUUCGCUUGUGGAUGUGGAGGAGUUGAGAUCAUCGGUUUCUUGUUUGUUCAAUAUGUAUUGUUUAGAAACCGUCAAGGCUCUGGUGCUGCUGAGAAAGGUUACCUUCAAAUCGCAACCAGAUUCAAAAGAUUCACCUAUGCUGAGCUUAAGAAGGCAGCACGUGAUUUCAGUGUAGAAAUCGGGAGAGGAGGUAGUGGUGUUGUAUAUAAAGGCAUAUUAUCUGACAAUAGAGUUGCAGCAAUCAAGUGUCUCAGCGAAGCUAGCCAAGGAGAAGCAGAAUUUCUAGCAGAAGUAAGCACAAUUGGGAGGCUUAAUCACAUGAACUUGAUAGAGACAUGGGGUUAUUGUGCGGAGGGAAAGCACAGACUUUUGGUGUAUGAGUACAUGGAGCAGGGAUCUUUAGCAGAAAACCUAACUUCCAAUAGUCUUGAUUGGAAAAAGAGGUUUGAAAUUGCCUUGGGUACUGCCAAGGGUCUAGCUUAUUUACAUGAAGAGUGCUUGGAGUGGGUUUUACACUGUGAUGUAAAGCCUCAGAAUAUACUAUUAGACUCUAAUUACCACCCAAAACUUGCAGAUUUUGGCCUGUCUAAACUCUUGAAUAGAUGUGGCAUUGAUAAUUCAAGCUUCUCUGGGAUAAGAGGUACUAGAGGUUACAUGGCUCCUGAAUGGGUUUUUAAUAUGCCCAUCACUUCCAAAGUUGAUGUUUAUAGCUACGGGAUUGUCAUGUUGGAGAUGAUAACCGGAAGGAGCCCUUUCGGUGUCCACACCAUGGAUGAUAAUGGGGUAAUGGAGCAGAGAAGGUUGGUCACACGGGUGAGGGAGAAGAUGGAUGGAGCUGCAGAAAAUGCAUCAUGGAUUGAAGAAAUUGUAGACUGUAACAUGGCUGGUGAAUAUGACAAGGGUAAGAUGGAGCUUCUGGUUAGAGUGGCUCUGCAAUGUGCAGAACAGGAAGACAGAGAUGCGAGACCCACCGUGAGUAAAGUAGUGGAGGUACUUCUGGACCAUGAAUAUGAUGACUUUUAAAAGUCAGUCCUUGGAUUGUAUAUAUGGCAAUUUAUAAUUUUGAGUAUGUUAAGCUUUUAAUAUAUUGGCUUCCAGAAUCUUAUCUUUUUUGUGGUAGCAACUUUUCUUA